UUUACUUGGUUACAACAGACAAACAUGGCGGACGGCAUACCGGGUGAAGCUCCUCAAGAACAAGUCUCUUUGGUGCCCCCAGAGGAAAACGACCACAGCCAACCUGAGGUUCCUCCUCAGGAAACCUCUCCCCAUGUGGAAAUUGGUCUCACAGACCAUGUGCAGAAAAUGGUGGAAAAAGAGAAAGAAGCUGCUGAGAAACCAACAAAACCAAAAGUAGAGUUGCAGUCACUACCAACCAGGGCAUAUCUGGACCAAACAGUUGUGCCUAUUCUUCUACAAGGUCUCUCCACCCUGUCCAAGGAAAGACCACCCAACCCAAUCGAAUAUCUGGCGACGUACUUACUGAAAAACAAAGAACAGUAUGAAGAGAGCUAGUGAUGUUGAGCUAUGCUGGCUUCGUGAUUGUAAAUUUAGAAACGCAGAUGACGCAGGACACUUCUAUAUCCCCGUACUGAUCCCAGCAAUUUUGCAGAUCCAUUCACAGAACAAAUAAAGUAAACAAGAUAGUUAUAAGACGAGAAGUAAUUUUACUUUCACCUAUGUAUAUGAAUCACAAGAUACUCUCACAACAUGAUGUUCACUUGUUUCAGCUGAAGGGCCUCUUUUAAUUAUGAGAUAUAAAAAUUCCAGGGUAAUUACCACAAAAAUUACUGGUGUCAAAUUUUUACAGACAAGACCUUCAUCACAUGUAAACUUGCAAUGUUCUACUCUCUCAACUUUCCUCGAGUGGUUAUUUUGGGUGUUGUGAUCUCUGUGACUUUGUACUACUCUGUGUUUGUAAUAUACCUUUGACAAUGAAGUAUUAAAUAGUUGUCUUGAAAAAUG